AUGGCUUCAACGCGCGAGGGCCACUACAGAGGAGUGAGGAAGCGCCCAUGGGGCCGGUAUGCGGCGGAGAUACGUGACCCGUGGAAGAAAACCCGUGUUUGGUUGGGCACAUUUGACACCCCAGAGGAAGCUGCACUAGCUUACGACGGCGCCGCCAGGUCCCUCCGCGGUACCAAGGCGAAGACCAACUUUCCUUCUCCGCCGCUUGGUCAUCACUUGGAUCUCAAUCUUCCUUCCGAUCAUCGUAAGGUUCUGUAUUUAGCAUUUUCCGGCGAUGUUGAUGUUUCCAAGAAGUUACUUAUAGUUAUCUUGAACUUAUGGAAAAGAUCACUAUGA